AUGGUUUUAUCUGAUGUAUCGGGCUCAAUAUCAAUAGAGACAUAUGUUGGCGAAGAUGCAAGGUUCAGCUGGUGGUCUUUGAACCCUUCGACAUCGUAUUUUGUUGCAUUUACAUUUGAACGUGAUUCUAGUACACUAUGUCAGUGGAGAACAGGCAUAACUGUCAACUGCCCUGGAAAUGUAACUAGCACGUUCAGGGGAAAACUUUUCCUCUAUGGAAGCCCUGCUAGUAACAUUACAUUUGAGAUCAAGAACGUUAAAGUUGACAAUGAGGGACCAUAUAAAGUCACAAUCAUAGAGAAUAUCGACCCAACUACUGUUAUAGAACGGAGUGGAGUGUUGACUGUACUUGAUGCACCAGCAUUCACUUCAUCUCCAAAAAGCACAUAUGACAUAGCAGAAAAUGAUGACGUCACUGUCACGUGCUCAGCAAGUGCUCGCCCAGCCCCCAAUGUCACAUGGGUCAAUAAGACGUCAGGGUCCCUAGAGGCUCAUGGAACAGGGAGUGCAACACUGAGUCUGCUAAAGUUCCAGCGACACCAAGCAGGGGUGUACCAGUGCCAGGCCAUUAACGAUGUGAGGAGGGGGGCCAUAACCCAAGAUGUCACCAUCAACGUGCAAUAUCCACCAGAGAUAACUCCAAUACAGAACACCACAGUGAGAGCCGGGGAGACCAUCACCCUGACAUGCGCAGUGGUUGGUAAACCGACACCAAGUGUUUCCUGGUCAAAGACAGGAUCUGGACAUAGCACCGGUGGUAACGUCUUUACUAAAGCUGGUGCCACAAAGGCAGACACUGGACAAUAUGUCUGUACUGCAGUAAACACCGUCACUGGAAACACACAGACAAGAACAGCAUCCACUUAUGUCAUGGUCAAAUACAAGCCAUCCAUUAUUUCCAGCUACCCUGGUCAAACCGUUAACGAGACCAUAGACUUUCUUAAACUGACAUGUAUAUCUGACGGCUACCCCGCCCCCACGGUCACGUGGUCUAGAGAUGGGGUAGUGGUGUCACGGACCAGUGUGUAUUACAUCAACAGCGUGACCAGGUCAGAGGCGGGGACGUACACGUGCACGGCUACUAAUGAGAUGGGGAGUGACACAACCACGGUACAAGUCACUGUCAACUAUAAACCAGAGAUGGUUUCUUUAACUACCAACACGUCGUUUUGGAAUAAAACAAUCCUGAGCCUGCAGUGCAAAGCCAGAGGUGUACCAUUACCUCAGAUCACGUGGUACAAGCCUGGCGGUCAGCCAAUCACAGCUGGAGUAAGCCCCAUCUCUGGAGGCAGCCAGCUCCAAGUAACAACAACUCAAGACGCAGGGGACUAUGGACAGUACAAGUGCCGGGCGUCUAACUUUUUGGGGUCCGUGGAACGCCUGAUCUACGUCACUCAAUGGUGUGCUAAAAACGAAUCAGAACCAUUCGUCAGAAGUAGCGAGUCUUGCGUGUCUGUUACUGCUGCUUGUUCGACAGUCAUCGCUGUUCUCCUGGUCUCGAACCUGAUGUCUUUGGUCUACAUAUACAGAACAGGGAGGUCAAAGCAGGAGUCCAGGAUUCCUCGAGGAGCUCUGAAUAGUGCGGCAAUCGGUGAGGACCCAAUAACAAUGAAUACGAUUGACCUCGUCACCCACACAAAUUCUGCGUCAAGUGACGUCACGUAUAAAAACCAUGGCAGCCCGUACGAUGAAGUCACAGCGACAAGCACUUACCAGUCUUUAGACCGUACCACCCGCACCUACCCUGAUGGGCGUGGUCAAACACGUGGACCGCGUGAAUACGAGGCUGUGGGUGGCAGUGGUCCUAAGGGGGGUGGGGAGGGGCAAUACGCGGAACUGACGAGCACGUGUCCAGACUACCAGCCACUGCACAUCUAUGGAAAUGUUGGCGGAGCGAAAGGGCACAGAGGCAUGGGGACGAAUGCGUAAAACACCAGUGCUUAUUCCUCACUUCUGGGCCGAGACCUGAGUUGCGAUAAUGGAGGUGGCAAUAUGUAGCGUAAAUGAUAUCCAUUGUGCUUAUUCCACACUUCUGGGCCGAGACCUGAGUUGCGCGAAUGGAGGUGGCAAUAUGUAACGUUAAUGAUAUCCAUUGAAAUCAAUUAGGGAAGGGGGAAAGCAAGCAUUUAUUUCUAUCAAGGCGAUAACAAUAGAAACAGCCAGACAAAGACGAAGACGGGAACAUGCAAUCUCAAGCAGGAAACAUUUGUAUUUUCGCGCCUCACAUAACUCGCAUGUACAUGGUGUUGCAAGAGUUCUUCCCUAUUUUGUCUUUUUCUUGAAGCUUUUUUAAAAACUAGUUAAAAUUAUUGAUAAGGUCCUAAAGAAAUUAAAACCGUGACGUCGGUAUAAUAAUUAUUUGUUCUGAGGGAAUCCGGACCCCACCCUGCUCAUGUGUAGAGAAGUGUUCGACUCCGGUUGACCCCUUUGUUGGUAGUUAAAAAGACGGUAACAUUUUAUCUGUGCAUUUAGAUAUAGAAGUUUCUAGAUGGAUCUAGUGACGAAAGAUGUCGACUAUAUUGAUCCAUGGCAAGAUGGUCAGUACUACUCUGGACCCCAUCCUGCGUUUUUCUCUCGACACGCCCCGGAUCUUGGUAAUUUUUGAAACGUGGAGGAAAAAGAAAGCUAAACUCUAGUGUAAAAUAUACGACUCAAAUCGCACGCUCUGAUUGGUGAAGGGUCCAUGUGUUAUUAGAGAACACACAAACAAGGCGUCACCAUGCGGGCGCUACCUACAACUACAUUGUAAAACUGGUUCUCUCUAGGACACAAGCGCAAGCAAAAACGGAAGCGCAACACAAGAGUCGGUCAAACAUAAACGCAAGGCCAAGAAAAUCAAGCAUUUGCUUUCUCUUGCGCUUUCGUUCCAGUGAGAAUCUGAAAAUGUAGUGCGGUGCGCUAGCGCUUAUGUCCAAGUGCGAACCAACCUUAAGAAAUCACAUUAAUUGUUGUAUUAAACAAGUAGAUAUGA